AUGAAUUUAAUAAUCUCUCAGGAUCAAAGUGCGUUUGUUCCAGGAAGAUACAUUACAGAUAAUGCAAUGAUUUUCUUUGAAGUUAUGAAUUAUCUGAAGAGGAAAACACAAGGCAAAGUUGGUUAUACAGCGCUUAAGACGGACAUGAAUAAAGCUUAUGACCAUGUUGAAUGGGGUUUUCUACGAGCAAUGAUGGUAAAUAUGGGAUUUUGUAUGGAAUGGGUGAAUAAAGUUAUGAAUAUGGUAACUACCGUUACAUAUCAAUUCAACAGCGGUGGCAAGCAGUUCAGAAAUAUUUCUCCAGGAAGAGGUUUAAGGCAAGAGGAUGCUUUAUAUCUCCUUAAAGCAGCGAAGGAAGAGGCGAUGACUAUUUGGCAAUGGUUGGAGAUCUAUCAGGCAACUUCUGGUCAACAGGUAAAUUUCCAAAAAUAUGAUAUAUUUUUCAGUCGCAACAUUAAUGCAAGUGUGAAGAAAGAGAUUACAGAAAUUCUUCAUAAUAAGGAGGUGGAUAAUUCUGGAAAGUAUCUUGGCUUGCCGGCAGUAGUUGGAAGAAGCAUCGAAGACUAUGAAACAUUGCUUGAUAGAAUGCCAUUGUACAAAGCAGUGUUGGAUUCAAUCAAAUUUUGGCUGGCAUGGUUUAACAGGAGACUUUGUGGAAUGGUUUGA